AUGAUGUCAUGCCAGCCUUAAAUACUAUAAAACUUUGGGCAUUUCUGGCAUAAUGUGACUGACAUAACACUGGCUAGGUUGAUCUGAUUAUAGUACUAGUAGCACCUAUUCUGGUUGGCUGGAGUGGAAGUGGAACUUGCUGCCAGGGUUUUUAGUUUGAGAAUUAUUCUGUUGUCCUCAAUCCGUUGAAUUUGAUAAUGGUGCUUCCAAAUGUCAGACGUUCCACCAGAAUGGUCAAGCUCUUCUGCUUAACCAUACUUUACAAGAGGUAUGAUGGUAAGGUACAGAAAUUUGCCUCCGGUUCCGAACUGGCUUCGUUUGGAUAUUUCCAAAGAAACAGUGUACAAGAGUUCAUGGACUUCACCAGUAAAAUAAUUGCAGAGAGAACUCAAACAUGCUCAAGGGAAACAGUCAAAGAACAAGAAUAUCUGUGCCACGUGUAUGUAAGAAGUGAUAAUCUGUGUGGUGUGCUCAUAUCGGACCACGAUUACCCGACUCGUGUGGGGUUCACUCUCAUCAACAAGGCGUUAGAUGAAUUUGCCAAUAAAUUCCCCUCAGAAACAUGGACCAGUUUAACCGACAGGAGUUCACAAUUUCCUUACUGUUUAGAAGUGCUUCAGAAAUACCAGGACCCCAAAAAAGCUGACCCAAUGAUGCGGCUUCAGGAAGACUUGGAUGAAACAAAAAUAAUUCUUCACAACACUAUAGAAGCUGUGUUAGAACGUGGAGAAAAGUUAGAUGACUUGGUGGAAAAAUCAGAAGGACUAAGUUUGCAGUCGAAAACGUUUUAUAAAACUGCCAAGAAAACAAAUUCCUGUUGUGUGAUCCUGUAGUAUAUUGUCGUCACGCCCACCGGAGUAUAGAAGACACACCUAGGUCUUCCCCAUGAUAAUCUGACACUGCUUCUUGUGAGUUUUGUACCAAGAUAUUGUGAUUGAACAAUGUUAUAGCAAUGUUGCUGCCAGAUGCCUCACGGCUUGCUGCUUCUCUGACCCAAGUGAGAGCCAGCGCUGCUGCCCUUUAUUCAAAAGAAAAAGAGAAUGGUGAAGUUUGAUCUUGUGUCAUGUUCAAUUUGGCAUCAGUACCCUCAGUUGGAGAUAUCAGAAGUAUCAUUGUAAUGAUUUUAGAGAUAUAGGCAUAUCCCAAAUUAUGAACUAAGAAGUUUCCAGCCCCUAUCUUUUUGACAUUCUUGGCCGCGGUUUGGACUGUGAUGAUGCACUGCACAUCAUUGCACUCUAGAGAGAGGUAACGAAAUUGGCGAUAAUAAUUUCGAAGUUGUGGUGAGGAUGAGAGACAUCUGGUGGUAAGAUUGGAUGUUAUUGUAGAUUGUCUGCAUCCAGUGGUGCUAUUUAUAAAAUAGAUGAUGGUCCUCACCAGCUUGAAGACUUAGCUAAUGUCAUGUCUACAUUCAAAGGAAGUAACCAUCUUAAUAUCACCACAUGUCCUAAUACUUGUGUAAAUUACAGUCAAAAGUGUGAUUGCAUAUUGUUUUAGGGACCGCUUUCCAAAACUUUGACGAAAUCCAGAUUGAAAUAAUAUGUUGAAAAAAAAGAGAGCAAUUAUAAGUUGAAGGAAGAUGGAGAUAUGGAGAACUGUAUGUGCUUGGACGUAUGUUCUAAUUGAGCAUGUUGACUGGUGGCAGAACAUCAAAUAAAUUAUUGUAAAAAUAUUUUUGGCUGUGGUCUAAGUUGGUGCAUGUGGAUGAGAAAAAUAGGUUAUUUUUACCAGCCCUUACAUGUAUGUUUUAAGUUGUGAUGGUACCGGUACAUGCCAUAAAUUGUAUGGAACAAUACUUUAGUAGUGAUAAAUUUAUAUUGAUAUAAAAUAUCUUGCCUGUUAAUGUUAUUUUCAAUUCAAGGUGUUGUACUGGUCAUAGAUAUUUCAGUUGAAUAUGUUGUCAAUGUUAUUUUUUGGUUGUCUGCGCUCUUCGAGGACCAUGUACAGGGGAACCGAAAUGUAUAAAAUUGUACUGGGUGUCAAAAAAUGCAUGUGGAUGUGUGGAAAGAAAGGCUUGUCAAUUUUGUUUAAAAUCACUGAAGCCCCACCCACCUGUACCAUUGCUGAGGGCAGUCUCUUUAGGUUGAUGAUAAUGAUUGAUGCUGAAAACACGGAUCGAAAAGUCGUAUUUAUAUUUUGUGAAUUCGUUAUAGUAUUGUCUUAUUUUGAAAACAUAUGUUUGGUAAAUAUCAUACUGGCAUGGUGAUCGGGUCUACUUACAUACUCUUUUACAUUGAUAUUAGUAAUCAGUAUAAAGGCCACACUUAUACAUGCAGCACAUUAAUGAGACCAGGGUGCCUUCUUUAAAACAGCUGUUAAAUGUCUGCCUUUAUGCAUCUGGACUCACAAGGCUCAGAGAUCGCAGAGUCCCUUUAACACGCUCCAAUGAGCUCAUUAACGAGACUUUGCAACCUCUGCCUGUUUAGAAAGAUGGGAAUAGGACUUGUUAGGGUAAGAUGCCCAAGGUUUGCCAUUUGGUUAAAUGGAAUUGCAUGCGCAAAUUAGGAGUAAAAUUGUACGUUUUAUUAUUUUAUGUUGGUGUAUACUGUGUUUGUGUGUUCAAGUGAGCUGAGGAGCUUUGAAGUGCAGGGUUUCUGAGCCAGGCUUUUCCCCUACACACAGUAUGUUUUGAAUGCAUAAGCAGAUGAGUUUGAGAGAUGGAGCUGAGGUCAUUUUACAGUCCUCUUUUGAGUUGAUGAAUACAUUUGACUGUUGCAGUCUUACACUCAUCCGAAUAAUGAUAUGGACAGUCAGUAUACAUUGAUUGGGGAGUUGUUGGAUUUCAGCCUUGGCAAUGAAGUCUGUUGUUCAUGCUGUAAAACUUAACCAUGUAUUUCAAUCAUAAAUAUAAUGGUCUAUUAAAAGUCUGAGCAAAAUAUGUUGUUAAUUUUUUCCAUUAGUUUGGAGCUCUGAUGAGCUUCAUUGUUAUAGAAACGAGUUACUCAGACAUGGACAUAGUUGCAGUAUAUAUGCAAAAAGUGUCUCUGCUUUUUGGUCAAUGUUGCAUCUCUUGUAUAUAUGUUGUGUUGUUAAUAGUCAGGAUAGAGAUGCACCUUGGAUAUUCAGAAUGAACAUUUCAAUGUCAGAAUCAGAGAGUAGUUUUCCACCAAUGGCAAUAUGUACAAAUAUGUGUUAUAUAUUCAUGCUUUUGUCUGCGAUAUAAUAGUUUGCUAGUCAAACAAAAUGGAUUGGCAGUGACUGUAAUAUCUCACGGCCCAGAAGUCAGGCGAGGGCCUUUGACCGGUUUGUUCAAACAGCAUUUGUGGAAACGGAGUCUACUUUGGGCAAAUCAGAUCACAUGGUAUUUGUGAAAAAUAGUCGUUAUCAACUUCUCAAUGUUUGUCCAUUACAAAGACCAUAUAACUGAACUGAGUCUUUAAGAUUGGUACUAGGUGUGAAAUAGUCUUGCUACUUCUCAAGUUCAAACAUGUUAUAAAAAAACAUUUUGUUCGCAAGAGAAGUGAGAUCAUUAUUUAACUUAAAAGUAGGAAGAUUGUUUUUUCACACUCUGUAUAAAUAGUUUUCUUGUUUUAUCACAAGUCUGGCCUUAUUUUGUGUACCUGGUGAACACUAGAAUUUCUUUAUCUCUCAGAAACCUGACUGCUGAUUCUGCAUCCUCUUCUCAAUGGAAAGGAGUAUAUUUUUCUUAGAAUUCCUUCAGCUUCUGAACAAAGCUGUAUGUUGUUGACCAUGUUAGUUUGUUAAUUUAGGAAAUACCAAAUAUCUUUUCAAAGGAAGGGUUCCCACAAGAAAAUACAAGGAGCAUGAAAUGACUGGUGUAGCCCUUUAAGUCCAAAAAUGACUCAUGUAGUCCUUUAAGAAUUCUUGAGGCUUCAGUUUUCACAAUAAGAGUAAGAGGUCAUUAUUGCUGUAAGGUAGCUGUAGAGAAAAGCAAAAGGUAGUAGCAUGGUUUUGAUACAAUGACAAUAGAGCUAGUUUCAAUGUAAUACUGGGUGUUACAAAAUUACUUGACACUUUUCAAGUCUAAUAGUUUUGAAUGUUUAAGUGAUGAAAAUAUAUUGUUAUGUAUUACAGUACUAGAUGUAUUACCAUUAUUGUCAGUUACGUCUUAGGAUAAUAUGUUGGUCCCUUAGUUAUCAUAAGGGUGAUAUUUGAAGUUAAAAGAAUAUAUCACAAGUGUACAAAGUGUCAAGUGUUUUGUAACACCCAGUACUUUUCUUGUGUCCACCAUAUGUUGUGUAGACAUUGGCAAAAUUUGUGGAUGGCAGCAUCACAAGAAAAUAUAUUGUGUCUGUAUUAUAGAUCUCUAUGUUGUCGUUUGUAUUGGACAUGGGUGUCAACUGGCCUAAAUGAGACUUGAGAUGAUCGUGUGCCAGUCAUUGUUGUACAGAACUACAGCCUUGUGUAUGUAUGUGUAAAUAAACUGUGGUUAGAUCAAA